AUGUGUUUUACUUGCAAAGGAUGGACAGCUACUCAGGACAGGCAGCCAGCAGCACACCCGGGCACACCGCCAGUGCCAGGCCCACGUUGGCCCCGCCCCGCCCCCGGCCCCGCCCCCGGGUGGGCUCCACCCCGGCGGCCGAGGGCGGGGCGAGCCGGUGACAGGAGGGGCCGGGCCGGGCUGGUACUUCUGGCGUCCCGGCCCCCGGGGCGCACUCCGAAGUCGCCUGUCAGCUGCGAGCGCGGCGGAUCCCAGGACGGCCCUCGGGCGGCGGUCGCUGCCUCGCGCCUCCAGGCUUGGCCCCUCCUGCGGCCGUCCCGGGCUGCGGGAGUUGGUGGCGGGAUGUGCUCGGCCAGGGAGCUGCUCGGCGGCGGCGGCGGCGGCAGCGGUGGGGAGCAAGACGAAGACCAGGACGCGCUGGCGGAGCGGGCGGCGGUGGUGGGGACCGAGUUGGAGUCCGGGGCGAGCCCGCGGCGGCGCGGGCGGCGACCGCAGGAGGAGCCGGAGCAGGAUAUUGAAGAAUCACAAAACCACACUGGCGAGCCUGUUGGAGAUGACUACAAAAAGAUGGGAACACUUUUUGGUGAACUGAACAAAAACCUCAUCAACAUGGGCUUCACAAGGAUGUAUUUUGGAGAACAAAUUGUAGAACCAGUAAUAGUCAUUUUCUUUUGGGUUAUGCUGUGGUUCCUUGGCCUACCAGCCCUUGGACUAGUUGCUAUUCUCUGCCUUGUCAUUAUUUAUGUGCAACAGUAAAAUAGGGCCAAAUGAACUGUUGUUUGACAUUUGGUAGCCAUAUAUGUAAUUAGUGAAGUUCUAUAUUUCACUACAUGAAGGCUGAAAAGUUUGCCUUGUUUCAAAUUGUGUGCUGUUUUGUAACUAAAUUUGUAAGUUGAUGUUGUUUAAAAUUAAACUCAACUCUUGAUUAUUAUAGGGUUGAAUAUAUAUUUUGUAACUUACUCAAAAUUAUCUGCUGUGAUCUGUGCCCACUUUCAGACACCCCUAUUCCCAUGACAGAUCUUAAAUAACACCAAAAGUGAGCAGGGAAAAUAGAAUGUGAAAUUCAAAAUGGGCAAUACAGGUCUUGUAAAGAGCUCCAAUAAAACAUUUAGAAGAAAAAGGAUGAAACAAGGAGCUAAAAAUAAGUUUUAAUUGGAGAAUUGCUCCCCACCAACCCCCACCAAAGAAAACCCGUAUUAUUUGGAAGUAAUUUGGAUUUCUGUUGUCCCUGCUCAGCCCAGACCAAUGUAAAUGAUAAUUACUAUACACUACCUUAACAUUUUGAUGAAAAUCAGUAAAGCUAGCAUAUUUUCUAAAGAUUGAAAAGAAAUAUAUUUAUUAUUGUUGGAGAAACGUCCCAAGUUAAAUGUAACCUUUUUAUAAUGUAAUACUUGGGCUUGGAAUCACUUCAGUAUAUCAUUUGAAGUUUUAGACAAUUUUGGUGCUAAUUACUUUUUGUGAAUUUUUAAAGUCUCAUAAGCCAGGUCCAUAGUUGGCUACACCCCAUGGUAAUGCUAUAUAUUAUUGUAUCUAACCAGUUGUGUAUUUUCCUAAAGAGACAUUUCAUUGUAUUUUUUUCAGAAAUUUACAUUUUAUAGUUCUUUUAUAGCAAUUAUUGUAAGAUUUUAAAAAUCUACUUCCUAUGUUGGCAUGGAUUUCCCCCCCCCCCCAAAGUUGGUUUGUAUUAUGGCUGAAAUUCUUUACUAUUCUUUUUUUAAAAAUCAGCUCAUUUUCUUUGAUAUCUGUAUUAGGAAGUAGAGUAUUACGUAUAAAACCAAAUGCUUAAGUUUGGAACUCAACAGCCAAUUGUAUAAUAUUCCUUUAAGGCUAAAGCCAAAUGAGUAAUUGGCCCCAGGCAUGUUAUUAAUGUCUUAAUUCAGCACUUUGGGGUUUUAUAUUGAAAUAAAUAUUUCUUUAAAUACACUUAGAAAAUGGAAAUGGCUUGUGACAGUUUGAAUUUUGUUAGAGAACCUAAAAUCUUUACACUUUCAUCUCAAAGAGUUUCUAUGUAGACAAAAAAGAGGUAGUUAAGAUAAUUAGAAAUUCAAGUUAAAUAAGAGGACUUGGGACAAUAGGGCAUUUUUAAUCUUUGGCAGGGCAAUAACCAAAGUGUGUAAAGUGUUUACUCUUCUACUUUAUAAAGUUUUUACCCAAUCCUGUUUUUAAAAUUUAUUGUACAAGUUCUCACUGUCUUCCAUUCUGAAGCAGAAAAUUGAUGAAAAUGUUCAAUUUAGAUUUCUAAAAUUAGAAAAUCCCAAAUAAAAAUACCAGAGAGCACUAAAAAGUUUGUGCAUUUGUAUAAAUACAUAUCUUUUACAGUCUGACUUAGAAAGAAAGACUUGUACUAUAUCAUUGUGUUUUUAUUGGGUUUGCAAUAUUUUUAUAGUAACCUUUAUGAACUCGGUAUAAGUGCAAAUUAUUUGAAAAGGUCUCUUCGUUUGUGUGCAGUAGAAUUGCAAGGUUUUUAAUAGAAGUCAUGAGAUUUUGUAUAUCUACAUUAAAUAUUCAAAAGUGCAUUUUUUCUAAUACUACCAGGAAUUUUAAUUUCCUCUUGGAAUGUAAAAAAGAUAGUGUGUAUAACAGCUCUGGUUCCACCAGUGUCUAAUAUUGAAAAUAUUUUAAAAUUAACUUUUAAUGGUAAUUAUUUAAUAUACUGUCAAUUACUAUGUAUCUGCACACUGCUGUUAAUAGGGUAUAUAUUAAAUUCUAUAAAGAAAUGAGACAUUUUGCUGCUCUUCUUUCUGCACAUAUUAUUAGUUAUAGUAGUAUGCCAUCAAAUUAUUUGCUUUUAUAGGGAAAAAACAAACUUUCUUAUUUGAUGGAAAUAAAAUAUUUUCUUUGAUGAAAUAUAUUAGAAUGCAGAUUAUACUGACAGCCUCAAAUGAAGAGAAAUUGGUCAUUUCUUUGCUUCAAGGUAUAAGGAAUUAGAUCGAACAUAAUUCUCAAUUUUUUCAAUCUCAGAUACAAGCCAAUUUUAGAAACUAUUAUUGCUAUGAAUAAGAGCUAGAAGUCACAAUGCUGUAUUAUUAGAUUAUUGGUGUAUAUAUCGCUCAUACUGCCAGCCCUUAAUUCAAAGGGAAAAGGUCAAGACCUACAAAUAAGCUGACUAUAGAUGAAUAAAUCCAUUUUCAUUAAAGUAAAAACUCAGUAUUUUGUAGAAUUUAGUUCUCUCAUAUCUUAAGCUAUCAUGUAUAAGGUAGUUUCCCAUUCCUGGCCACCAGUCAGGUCAUUCUUGGUCUCGUAGUGUGCUGGUGUCAGCUUGCAUUGGCUUGCAGGAACCAACUGUAUACAUUUUUUUCCCUACUCUGCCUUCAGUGACAUCAAGUUGGUAGCUUGAAAUUGUGUAUGGGGGCAAUAUUUACACUAGAAAAUUGCAAACACGACAAACUAGGACUCUUUUUCCCUGGCAAGCCAAUUGUUAAACAUAUAUCAGCACACCACUGAUUAGCCUGGGAGGCCGCAUUUCCCUUCUACUCCUACAAAUAUAAAAGAAGCAUAUAAAGGCAAGUCCCCAUCAACCCAUCCAAAACUGUAUUUGUAUUUUUUCCUUGUGAGAAAUAUGAACCAUGACUGUCUUCUGACCAACAUAUAUCUCUAUUUAAUCACAUGUUUUGAUCAGAGAAAAUCUCUCUGGGAUGUCACUGAGCUGCAAAUCCACUAUAGACUAUCCAGAUGAUCAGGAAAUAAGAAACAGUUACAGAGCUGAUGGAGGGCAAGUUACAGCAGAAGUAAAGGUCUGUUGUCAAGUAGAAAGCACAAAAUAAUCAAAGCUAUGUAUUGAGCAAUCAAGGGCUGUUUGGUUUUGUAGAUUAUAUUUUAACAGUUAUUUUACAAAUGUUUAUUGACUUCAAUUUAUUUUAAAUGUUUUCAUUCCCAAUUAAGAGCUUUACAAAGGUGAAAGAAGAGAAAAAAAUCAAGAUUUUUAUACCUGUUAGUACUUCUAGCACUACACUUGGCCAAGGAGAAUAUAAACUAAUGCACAAAUUAUGGCUUCAGGAUUAUUGCUAGACUGAGGGUAUUUUUAAGUCCUCUUUCUCUGCACUACCCUUAAUCUUUGGUGUCUCAGCCUGUUCUCUCAUCACUCUACACAUUGCCUUGGGCAAUACACCACUCCCAUGGCUUUAGUUACCGUUUCAUACUAACAGCUCUCCAGUCUGCAUCUCCAGUUCAGAGAGUUCUAUACAGAAUACAAGAUCCAUACAUUCACUUGCUUGCCCAACAUUUGUACUUGCUUAUCCCUUAGUACCCCAAAUUCAAUACAUCCAAAAAGGGAACUCAGCAGCCUUCUCCCAAAUCUUUUCUUCUUCCUGUGUUUCCAUUCUCAGCAAAUGACACAAUCCUCUCCUACACUGCCCACAUAUAGCCAAUCACCAAGCCCUGUCUCUUUUACUUCCUAAAAAUAUCUUUAAUCUUUCCACUUCUCUCCAUUCCUGGUAUCACUGACUUAUUCCAUACCAUCAUACAUUGAUUGCUAUCAGAAUCUUCCUUGGUCUCCUUGCCUUUGUUUUCCCACUUUAUAGUCAGAAUAAUCUUUCUAAAAUGUAUGUCUGAUUUCCUGGGCCUAAAUCUUUUCAAUGGCUUCGUGUUGCAAUUAUGAUAAAAUCCUUACUGCUUCAUAUGUUUUACAAGACCCUUCAUGAACUGGUUCUUGUGUACCUCAUCUCCCUGUACCACCACCCUCCCUUUCCACUAUAUUGCUUUUGUUUUUCAGUUGAGGGAGACACACUUUCUCACUUCCAGAAUUCUGUGCAUGCUCUACCUUCUUUCUUGAACCCUUCACCACCAAACUGACCAACAUCUCCACAGCUUUAAGGCCUCAAUUUAGACAUCAUGGCCUCCGGGAAAAUUUCUGCGACUCUUUCAAAUCCAGUUUCGGUACUUCUUGUGCUUUCAGAGGACUCUGUAUUUCUCCUGUCAACAUUUGUCAUGCUAUAUUGUAAAUGCUUAUGGUCACUUCUUCCAUUAAACAACAGGCAUCACGGCAGAAAACAUGUCUAUGGUGUUCAUAACUGCAUUGCCUAACACGAUGCGUGGCAUACAGUAUGUGCUUAAAACUCUGUCAAAUGAAUAAAUAAAUCAGCUUCAUUUAUUCAGUGUAUUAACAAAGAAAAUCUAGAGUUUAGAAGUUUUUGACUGCAAAAUGUACUUACUGUGCAUAAAGAGAGUGGAUUGAUGUAUACGUUCUUUAUAAAGUUUAUUCACUUUUGAUGGAAGAAUAUUGCUGUUAUUUGCAUAAAUACAUAGUAUUGCUACUAUAUGCUUGCACUUUUUAGGAGAAAAUGUAUUUUCAAUGCUGUGCUUGGUAGAGUCACUAUUUCUCCAGGAUGCAUAUGGUCACUCAUGCUACCUAAAUUACAUAUUUUUCCAGUAUUUUUCAAUAGACCUUUAUCUACUAAAGUUUAAAUUUUUUUUAAUCUCCUAAGUGUGAGCAGGAAUUUUGAGCUAUCUAAGCUUGGUACUUUAGGCUCCAUAAUAAUUCAUUACUAGAAUGUCCUAGUAGCCAGGAUCAUAUAUGUUAAAUAAUAUGUAUAUAGAAUACUUUGUUAUUCUUUCUAAUAAAUAAUACUUUCACAA